AUGAUAAGAGAAGUUGCAAGCGUGGGAGGUGGAAGAGGUGGAGGCGGCGGCGGCGGCAGCGGUGGCGGUGGCGGUGAUGGCGGUGUUAGGAUGCGUGCGGAGACCAUGAAGGAGGAGGAAGAAGAAGAAGAUGAGGAUGACGAUGAGGACGAGGAAGGAAAAGAGGACACUCCUGUGGUUAAAAGGAGAAGCAGAUCAUCGUCAUUAGAUGUGGGAGGUGGAGGUGGUGGUGGUGGUGGUGGUGCAGGGGGACAGGUGGGUGGGGUGGGUGUCGGGGUGGGGGUGGGUUUGCGUGUGCGUGUGCGUGUGUGCGAUUCUCACCGGAGGAACAUCAGGCGAAGCAUCAGCCUCCAACUCAUGACGGACUUGUAUGAGGACACCAACUGCUCGCUCAUGAGUGGAAACCUUGGCGACGUGAGCGGGGCACGAACCUCGGCCCGCCACGUGACAGACGAGGGCGUUACCACUGGACUAGCGAGCCGUGGAGUGUGA